GGGGCCGCCGCCUCCACCCGCAGGGCCAUGCUGCUGCGGCCGCUGCGGGGCUGGGCAGCCCGGGCACUGCGGGGCUUCGGGCGGGAGAGCCCCGGCAUCCCCGCCCCGGGCGCCCGGCCGCCGGGGGCGCAGCACCGCGCCUGGCUUCCUGAUAAAGGUAGAGAAAAUGAAAAGGAGAAAAAAUCAGUGAUUUGUGUUGAGGGCAAUAUUGCAAGUGGGAAGACGACAUGCCUGGAGUUCUUCUCCAACACGACAGACGUUGAGGUGCUAAUGGAGCCUGUGUCCAAAUGGAGAAAUGUCCGUGGCCAUAACCCUCUGGGUCUGAUGUACCAAGAUGCCUGUCGGUGGGGGCUCACCCUGCAGACAUAUGUGCAGCUCACCAUGCUGGACCAGCACACUCGUCCUCAGACAUCACCAGUUCGGUUGAUGGAGAGGUCCAUUUACAGUGCAAGAUACAUUUUUGUAGAAAACCUGUAUAGAAGUGGGAAGAUGCCUGAAGUGGACUAUGUGGUUCUGUCCGAAUGGUUUGACUGGAUUGUGAGGAACAUCCAGGUGUCGGUGGAUCUGAUAGUUUAUCUCCGGACCACUCCUGAGAUCUGUUACCAGAGAUUAAAGAUGAGGUGCAGGGAAGAGGAGAAGGUCAUUCCACUGGAGUACCUGGAUGCUGUUCACCGCCUCUAUGAGGAGUGGCUCAUCACAGGAGGCCUCUUCCCAGCUGCGGCCCCUGUUCUGGCUAUUGGAAGGAACAUCAGUGGCUGCUCUGGGCUGUCACACAGUGAUGCCCUUGGGAGGUGUCAAGGUGAUCGAUGCUGACCACAGCAUGGAGAAAAUGUUACAGCUCUUUGAACAAAACCGGGCCUGGAUGUUUACUCCUGAGAAUUGGAAGCAUGGCCCGUAGGAUGGGAAAAGUCUGCAGGACCAUGCCAGGAAAAUACCCGUUUGCUAUCAGGAGCAAUUUGAAAAAAUCUCUUACCAGGGCCUCUUAUUUGGCCAGAUUUAUUUUUCUAAUGACCUUUUCCACUUGGUCGGUGUCUUCACCAUGGGACCAGUGGGUUUGUCUGCUGGCCCUUUGGUGUUUGCAGCUGCACAUUCCCCCUGGUGGCUUCCCACUGGGUCCCUCCAUGGAAGCCCUGAGGAAGGACGCUUGCAUCAUGCUGGGUGCUGGGUGUUUUCAGACCACCUGGCAGGGUGGGGUGGGGUAGUAGUCUUACAUCCCAGGUGAGGAGUUGAAGCUCAGGUUCAGGUUCCACUGGACAGGCUGCCUCUUCCUGAGCACCACUCCCCACAGCCCUGCCUCCUGUUGCCGCCCCUUGCACCUUCAUGGGGAGAGCUGGCAGUGCGUGGAGCUGAUCUGAGCUUCUGAUUGUUGAGCAGUUCUCAAAGACAGCCAGCAUUGUAGACUUCCAUAAAACCGUGCUGUUUGGCUCAAGCCAAGUGGUCUGUGGCUUCCUGACAUAGGCGUUGCAGCCUCCACCCCUCCAUCAUCUGGACUUCAGUGGCUGCAGAAGAAUCCCAAGUCAGCUCCUGAAUGGUGCCCAGUCUCCUUAGGGAUGAAGGUGCAGCCCAGCAGUCACCAUUUCCAUGUCAGGAAGUAGGAUUUGGGGCCUGGACACUUUGACUGUUUCCAAGCAAGGCCAGGAGCAGCCUGCCCUGGCUUCCAAGGCUCCCUCACUCCCUCACCCCCUCAUGUCCUCAUGUGAGGAGCUUUGCCCUUAGAAUGACUGAGCAUUUGUGACCCAGGGAGAGAGAGAAAUGGCCACAAGUGUUUUGGAAUGUUUUUGCAUGCAAGGGGACCUAACAGGUCAUAGAGCAUGACACUGUCAUUGGAUCAGCUGUAAUGGUGCACUGAAGGGGCAAUACGUCAUGAACCAAGUGGGAAGCAAAAGAAAGGAAGAACUUUCUCUCUAUGGACAGUCUGAAUGGAAAAGUCAAGGUUGGCCAACAAAGGCUCUUGAUACACUGCAGCUUCUGGUAUUCUGGAGGUGGGUGGAGAGUGCCCCAAGAAAACUGGGCACAAGCACAGGAGGGGUUAUUGUGAACUCUGGAGAAAUACAGCAAAUGCAGUUCCCCCAAUGCUAAAUAUGGACACCUGUGCACGUGGCACUCUAUCAACAGGUGCUAAGUGGUCAAGGAUUCCAGGUCCUUUCUGUUUGAGCCAGUUUUGGGCCCUGUCAGCAGGAUGAGGAAGGGACAGCAGCACAGUGGGAUAGGGGAAUCGUGUCCAGCAGCACCUGCAGCCCAAAUGCUGGUGAUUAACCAGAAAACUGAGGAAGGCAGGUUCCUUCGUUCAGGAAACCUGACAUACUGGGGCCAUCUUUGGGAAUUUGUAAAUGAGCAGUCCAGUACUUCCCCCUCAACUGAGGUAGAGCAUCUGUUUUGGGAGAAACGUCAUUUUUCUCUAGCUCAGUGGAAGGCAGUAAAUCUUUCAUUUGAACCCUGGCGUUAAUUUUCAGGUGCUUCUUAUGCUAGUGACUUUAGCUCCGUGCAAUAUCCUUUUUUAUUUAAACAUUUUUUUUCCAUUUUUAUUAAGAUAUAUUUCUUGUACAGGGGGAUUCAUCGUGACAAUUCCAAAUAGUCCCUGCGAUAUCCUUUUGCCAGUAAGAUAAUGUGUUCUUAUUUUUAAACACCGUGUUUCUUUUUUUAUUAUUAUAAUUUUUAUUAGAUCCCCCCUCCCCCCGCACUACACCAUGUUUCUUAAUAUGUUGUGUAAGGGUCCAGAGAAGCCUGCUUGUCCUCACACUCUGGCAUCUUGGAGAGCAGUGGUUGGGGCUGAUUGCCAAACCUCCCAUCCCAGGUAUCACACCUGAAACAGCCAGAGCCAAGCUUGUACAAGGACUGCUGUCUUGUGUGACGGGGACUGGUGGAAGCAUGUGUCAUGAAGUGGUUCCCAACGUUGCCAUGAACCUGGGCUGGAAAAGGGCAGAUGGCACAUGGUAGACAUGACAGGGACUAGUUCUUAGACACAAGGAGGCCUCCUGAGAGCCUCCCAGAAAUGGCUAAGAGAAUCAUGGCAGAAGCUGGCAUCCAAGCAUAUUGGAUUCACCCUGUUCUUACUCUGAGGCUGAGGAUCUAUGUCAGUAUAUCCAGAGCUGCCUAGGCUGCUUUGACUCCUAUGAAUUUUUUAAAAAUUAUCAAAUAAUAUACAUAUUUUCUUUCAGUUUUAUUUUUAGUGAGAUUCAAUUCAUAUUUAAGUUUUUUGUUUUACUUACGUACCAUGCUAUUAAAACCAUUAAAAUAUUUCAUGUAUCUGGUGAUUUAAAAACAAGUUAUAAAUAUCCUUCUCUUUCACAUGAAAAGUAUGUGUAGCUGAGCACCAGUGGCUCAUCCCUGUAAACCUAGCUACUUGAGAGGCUGAGAUCAGGAUGAUCCAGGUUUGAGGUCAGCCUAGGUAAAUAGUUCUCA